AUGGCCAAGAGAAAGUAUCAUGUCAAGAAGCUUGAAAAGGUUCCUGGUAGAGAAUUAAUCAAUCUAGUGUUUUCUUGGUCUAUCCAAGAUGUGCUCAACAAAGAUCUGUCCAAAAGCCAGGUUUGGUGCUCAACAAAGAUCCGUCCAAAAGCCAGGGAUACGAGCGAUCUUGGGCCAAUCUUCUCCUGUUCUCCUUUGGCACCUUCUGCUCAAACUUGGACAAUUCCAGAUCACAAGCUCUUGGAGUUUAUUUAG